AUGCACAGUUUUCCGGUAUUUUAUGGGUGUUAUUUGUUAAAAUCAGAGACAACAAGAGGUACAUACGUAGGAUCUAGUAGUAAUCCAUAUAAUAGGUUAAGACAACAUAAUGGAGAAAUUGUAUCAGGAGCACAGAAAACGGUUAGAGGACGUCCUUGGAACAUUAUUUGCCUUAUUUAUGGAUUUCCUUCAGUAGUAUCAGCUUUGCAAUUUGAAUGGGCAUGGCAGAAUCCAUAUAAAACAGUUAAAAUUGAAAAAGAGGAGAAAAAACGGCUUCAAAUGGAGUCAAAUCAAGAAAAUGAAGAAGAAGUGAAAUAUCCUAAACAAGGAUCGUAUAUUUCAGUGAAAAGAAGGUUAUUUAUAUUAUAUAAUAUGUUGACGAUGAAUGCAUGGAGAAGAUGGCCUCUUAAAAUCCGAAUUUUUGAUGAAAAAGCAAAAAAAGUAUGGGAGACGUUAAAUAAUACGAUAGAUAGGAAAAUAAUGUCAUGUAUGACAUUAGAAUAUGAUAUAGUUAUUUAUGGAAAAAAAGAAGUAUAUUUAAACAAUUCAAAUAAUAUAAAAAAUAAUGAAUUAUUAAAUGAGGAACAAGUGGAAAACAAAGGAUACCAUGCUUUAAAGAAAAUAGAUAUUUAUGAAGAUGAAAUGUCACAAAUUGCAUUUAAAAUUUUUGAAAAAAUUAAAGAAAAGAAUAAUAAUAUUUGCAUUAUUUGCAAAAAUAUAUGUGAAUUUCCAGAAUUGGAUUCGAAUGAUGCAGCACUAAUAUAUUCUCAACUAAUUAUUUGCCCGAUAGAAGACUGUCUACAUGUAUUUCAUCUUUUAUGUUUAGCAAAAUCGAUACAAACAUCAGAGACAGAAAAUGAUGUUUUAAUUAGUCGCUAUAAUUGUCCGUCAUGUCAAAAAAGUAUUAUUUGGGGAGAUUGUAUUCGUCUUCAAUAUUGUAUACUGAGAAAGACAAAUGCUAAUUUAAAAGAAAUUAAAUUCUAA